AUGGAAAGUUCUCUCUAUUGCGGUGUUUGUCCGGUUACAGAGAUUGGCAAACUCCACAACUGUCCUCCCGGUAAACAAUUUUCAAAAUGUGUUAGCCGUUGUCCUAGAACAUGCCAGAAUCCAUACGUAGACUCCGAUAAUAAGGACUGUUUACGCUUCUGUGAUCCUGGUUGUGUUUGCGCCAAAGGCACACUGAUGGAUGAAGGUCAAAAUGGUGCAUGUGUGCCUCAAGAUGAGUGCACAUGUUUUCAUCAUGGGAAGAUCUUUUUCGCUAAUGAAAUCAUCAAGGGAUUUGGAAAAAAAUGUCAGUGCAAAAAUGGUGGAUGGAUCUGCAAUUCGCAGCCAACUGCAUCGCGAACAUGUUCAGUGGUUGGCCUCAGCCAUGUGGAAACGUUCGAUGGAGCAUUACUCACUGUUAAGCCUGGCGAUUAUUUAUUAGUUCAGAACUUGGAUAAUACAACACAGCAUGUGCGUAUUGAAGCCUCCGUGAAAAGAAAUUUCAAACGUGAAUUGAAAUUUACGUACGGUAUCAAUACAGUAGUAUUAUCCGAUAUGAAUUCUAUUAUGUUCAAUGACAAGAUGCUUAAACAACUUCCAUUUCAAACAGCUGAUAUGACUAUACGUCAAGCAACAUCACAAUUCAUCUUGAUAGAAUCGAAAGAGAUGCACAUUGCCUAUGAUGGUAAUGCUGUUUAUCUUACAUUGGAAUCGUUCUAUCGUGAACGUAUACGUGGUCUCUGUGGAUCAUUUGAUUAUAACAAAAAAAAUGAUUUACGUUUACCCAAUGGCAAAUUAACACAUAAUACAAAUGUCUUUAGUGAAGCCUAUUUUAUCAAUGGCACAAGUCCUAGUAGUAGCUCUGAAGAAGAUAUACCAAAAGAUUUUAAUCAAGAAAGAUCGGAAAAAUAUUGCCAUCGAAUAAGAGAUAAUGUUUGUAAAUUUGGUGCACCUGUUCACGGACUUAUCUUAUCUUGUAUCAAAGAUCAACGUGUUACACGAAUUAAUAUGGAUAUUCGAGCUUAUUGUUAUUGGCAUUCAGCAUUUGCUCAUGCAUGCGCAUUGAUUGGUUAUGAUAUAGCCAAGAAAUAUACACAAUGGCGAGGUGGAUGUGAAUCGGUUUUAGGUCAAUGUAGUGUUGGAACUACAUAUGAAGAAUGCCCAUUUACAUGUUUAAAAACUUGUUCAGAUCCGGAUGGUGAGCAUGAGCAUAAUUCGGUCUGUCGACAACAAUGUCUUGCUGGUUGUGUUUGUAUUAAAGAUCAUUAUCAUGAUACAAAUCAAAGCAGACAUAAACCAUUAAAAUGUAGCAAAGAAUCGGAUUGUUCAUGUUAUGAUGAGCAAACAAAGUUAUAUCAUCAGCCUGGUUCUAUUGUUAAACGUGGUCAAUGUUCAACUUGUAUGUGUCUACGUGGUCAAUUAAAUUGUAAUAGUGGCAAAUGUACUGAAUCGAAAAUUAGAUGUCCAAAUAAUUUAAUAUUUACGGAAACAAGCUUAACAUUGUGUCCACAAACAUGUUCAAAUCAUUUACUAUGGAAAAAUUGUCAUAAAUAUCGAUCAGGUUGUGAUUGUCCAGAAAAUAUGAUUCGUGAUGAAAAUACCAAUAGAUGUGUAUAUCCAAAACAUUGCACAUGUAAUUUUAACAAUGGAGUAUUUCCAUACGGGUCGAAAAUUACACAAGAUUGUAAUGAAUGUACAUGUGUAUCAGGACAAUGGACAUGUACUCGAGUGGACUGUUCGCGAACCUGCAGUAUUUUACGAAAUACACAUUAUACAACAUUUAGUCAACAAUAUUUGAAAGUCAAUAGUGGUUCAUGUGAAUAUAUUGCAGCUCGAUUCAAACAUCAUGCAAAAAAAUUUAGUCUCGUAUUGAACAAUCAUGCAUCCACUGAACAUCAUCAUUCACUACAAACUCAUUUAACUAUCAGCGGAACAAUUAUUUACUUGGAAUCAGGUAAACCGGUACAGAUUAAUAAUACAGCUCUUAUGGCAUUGACAUCAUCGCCCAUACAUUAUCCAGCGUUUACAAUAUACAAGGCUGGGUUAUUUGUCAUUAUUAAUGGAACUAAUUUCAUUGUUAGAUGGGAUCAUGAUAAUAGAAUAUAUUUAACUAUUAGUGGUAAAUGGAAAGGCCAUCUAGAGGGUCUUUGCACUAAACAUGACCGUCCUAGCAAAGCCUUCAUUAUACAAAAGGAAAAAUACACGAAUGUAUGGAAAGUCAAUAGUAAAUGCGAAGUUGAGUCACGUAAACCAAAGGAUGAUGAAGAAAAAUCGAGAUGGGCUCAUGAAAUAUGCGUUCAUAUUUUGAAUGGUACUGCGUCAACGAAAAAUCCAUUUUUUCCUUGUUUGGAUAAAUUCAGUCAAGAACGUCGAACAACUUUAUAUGAUCAAUGUAUGGAAGAGACAUGCAGUUGUGCAGUUGAUAGCCACGAAUGUCCUGCUCUUUGUUCAUGGUUUGCUUCUUUAUCAGAACUUUGCCGUAAAGAAGAUCAUUCCAUAGAAUAUUGGCGAAACGAUGAAUUUUGUCCUUUGACAUGCGAGGAAAAUGAAGAAUACCAAUCAUGUGGAACAUUGUGUCAAAAAACUUGUAAAGACCUUGUUAGCACAACCACAAUGAAAUGUUACAAUGAUACAUGCAAUGAAGGAUGCUAUUGUAAAGAAGGCUAUGUUCUUAAUGAGAAUGGUGAUUGUAUUCAAUCAUCAGAAUGUUCAGGAAAAACACCAGAAGGUUCGAAAUCAACAGUUCAAGCAUCACGUGAAAGUAAAAAACCAUCAGCAACAGAGAAGCAAUCAGAUUUUACUGGUGAGUUCUAA